AUGAGGUACAUGGUUUUUGAUAUGGAUCUAAAUGUUCCGGGCAAUGUUUAUGCAAUGUCUGAUCCAACACCAGCAUAUCAACUCAGAAUCCAAGCCUUCCGUUUAUUUGGAAAAAGAAGCAAACAAAUUCCUAGAGCCACGCUUCCACCAGGACCAAAUCCACUUCCAAUAAUCGGCAAUCUCCUCGAGCUUGGAGACAAACCCCAUCUCUCUUUGAACAAGCUUUCUCAACGCUACGGUCCCAUAAUCAGUUUGCAGCUCGGUCAAGUAACCACAGUAGUGGUUUCAUCAGCAUCUUUGGCCAAAGAAAUCCUCCGAACCCACGACCAUGUCUUCUGCAACCGAACUGUCCCUGAUGCUGUCACUUCCUAUAACCACUGCGAGUACAGCAUGGUGUGGCUGCCUGUUUCGGACAGAUGGAGAAACCUUCGCAAAAUAUGUACCUCGCAACUGUUCUCCCCCAAAGUUCUUGAUGCAAACCAAGCCAACCGAAGGGUAAAAGUGCAGGAGCUCAUUGCUGAUAUCUGCGAAAGCGAAAAGAAAGGUGUUGCAGUGAACAUCGGAACGGCUGCUUUCAAAACCACGCUCAAUCUAAUGUCCCGGACUAUUUUCUCCGUGGAUUUAGAUAAUCCGAGUAGCGAGACGGCUAGGGAGUUGAAGGAGACUACUUGGGGUAUCAUGGAAGAGAUAGGGAAACCAAACGUUGCGGACUAUUUUCAUUUUCUCAGGAAGCUUGACCCCCAAGGAAUAAGGCGACGGUUAACCAACCACUUCCACAAGACGAUAGUCCUCAUCGACGGGAUGAUCAAUCAAAGGUUGGAAUCCAGAAAAGUGCAAGAUUAUAUUUCGACUAAUGAUAUGUUGGAUACUCUUAUAAACAUGAGUGAAGAGAAGAAUGAGGAAAUGGACAAGAUCGAAGUUGAGAAUUUGUUUCUGGACUUGAUUAGUGCGGGGACAGAUACAACUUCAGCCACAAUGGAAUGGGCAAUGGCCGAGCUUCUCCACAGUCCAGAGAAACUUGUAAAAGCUCAAGCGGAGCUAGACCAAGUAAUUGGGAAAGGAAAACCAAUCGAGGAAUCGGACAUUGCUCGACUUCCUUACUUGCAAGCAGUAAUCAAAGAAACAUUCCGGAUGCACCCAACAGUGCCAUUGCUACUUCCACGUAAAGCCGGUGCAGAAGCAGAAAUCGGAGGGUACAUUAUUCCUAAGGGUGCACAAGUUCUGAUCAAUGCUUGGGCAGUAGGCAGAGAUUCCAGUGUUUGGGACAAUCCAAACUUGUUUAUGCCGGAAAGAUUUUUGGGGUCCGAAAUCGAUGUUUUAGGAAGAAACUUUGAGCUUAUUCCCUUUGGUGGUGGGAGGAGAAUAUGUCCGGGUAUGCCAUUGGCUAUGAGAAUGUUGCCAUUGAUGUUGGGUUCAGUUCUCAACUGUUUUGAAUGGAAGCUUGAAGAUGGAGUUGUACCUGAGACUAUGAACAUGGAAGACAAGUUUGGCCUUACUUUACAAAUGGCUCACUCUCUGAGGGCUGUUGCCAUCAAUUAAGGAAACAAUUGCCUUAAAAGAUUAUCUUUCAUAUAUUUUAAACAUGUCUUGUUCCUCAAUUCAUUGAUGUAAGCUUUGAUAAUUGUUCUUUUUUGACUGUUAGUGAUCAGUUCGUCAAAUACAAAA